AUGACGAUGACCUCGACCUCGACCGUGUCUGCGCCCGCGCCCGCGCCCGCACACCACGCUUCCAGCUCGGCUUUGAGCAAGCUGUCGGACAAGCUCAACGACAGCAUCGCCAAAUCGGCAGUGGGUAGGUGGUUCAAGUUGGAAGGAUGCGGACAUGCAUUGGAACGUAGAGGUGCAAAGUUCACCGUCGAAGUGCGAGCUGGCUUUGUGGUGAGUGGCAGUGGCAAGCGUGACGCCAUCCAUCCAUCUUCCUUUUUUUGCUCAUUCUGCUGCUCUGCCGCGGCCUGUGCAUUGAAUUGACCACUUUUUUUUCAUUUCUCUUCAAACCUCAAAUCCCGCCCGCCCGCCUGGACACAGACAUUUGCUGCCAUGGCCUACAUUCUAUCGCUCAAUCCCGCCAUUGUCGGCUCCACAGGUGGACCUUGCACAGCUCCAGCCGGUGUGGACCGCUCGACGGAUCAGACCUAUCAGCUCUGCGUUCAGCGCGUACGUCAAGAAGUGAGUCAGUCGCUGCGCGCACCACGUCGCGCGGCAAAGCUUGCCCUCGCUCGCUCGCUCGCUCGCUCGCUGCAUGUGUCUGUCGAUGCGCAUCAAAGCUGUCCCGCCGACCCAUUUGCCCAUUCGUGUUUUGCUAAACGUUUCCCACGAUGCUCCCCGGUGCCUGCUCCUACGCAAACCGCUCCCUGCUGCUACUCUCACCCCCCCCGCAGUACGUGGUCACUACAGCCGCACUGGCCACACUGGCUACCUUUCUCAUGGGAGCGCUAGCCAACCUGCCGCUGGGUCUAGCACCUGGCUUGGGUGUGAAUGCCUACUUUGCCAGCGUGGUGGGUCAGUACGGUCAAGGCGGAACGAUUGCGUACGGAGAAGCGCUAGCUGCAGUCUUUGUCGAGGGUGUCCUCUUCUUCUUCUUGUCCUUGAUAGGCUUGAGACAGUGGUUGGCAAGGUUGAUACCUAGAAGUUUGAGCUUGGCCACCGGUGUGGGCAUCGGUCUAUUCCUGGCCUUUAUCGGCAUUGGACCGGCGGGUAUUGGGGUGGUGGGCGGACAGUACACCGACUUGGUUGGCUUGGCAGGCUGCCAAGACGCGUUCAAGGAUGACAAUGGUUACUGUCAGUCGCUGCGCACCACCUCCCAGACUAUAUACCGCUCCCACCGCUGACCGCACGCCAUCCUCGCAGGUCAAUCUCGCGUGCUGCAGUCGCCCAAGGUCUGGCUUGGAGUGUUUGGAGGCGGAGUGUUCACAGCCCUGCUGCUGCUCUACCGCGUUCGAGGAGCUUUCCUGUGGCCCAUCUUGCUGGUGGCCAUUGCCAGCUGGCCUCGCACCACCAGCGUCACCCUCUUUCCGCACGACGAUGGCGGUGUCGGCGAUGCGGGUUUCCAAUUCUUCAAGCAGGUGGCCACUUGGACCGGUCUGGACCUCUUGGGACCACAGAACAUCGAAUGGUCAGGCUUGAAGAACGGCCACGCUUGGUUGGCCCUCAUCUCUUUUCUCUACAUCGACGCGCUGGACACCACCGGAACGCUCGUCGCCAUGUCUCGAGCUGCUCAAGUCUACGACGAGCUCUCCAACGACUUUGAAGGUUCCUCCACCGCAUUUCUCAGCGACAGCUUCAGCAUCUCCAUGGGAGCUUUGAUGGGCUCAUCCCCGUGCACAGCCUUUGUCGAGUCCGCUUCCGGCAUUUCCGAAGGAGGCAGGACGGGCAUCACGGCCAUCACCACCAGCUUCCUCUUCUUCUUGUCCCUCUUCUUUGCCCCCAUCUUCUCUAGCAUACCUAGCUGGGCAACGGGCAGCACGCUCAUCAUCGUCGGAUCCCUCAUGGCGAAAAACGCAGCAGCUAUCAAUUGGGACUAUGCGGGAGACGCCAUUCCUGCUUUUCUGACCAUCAUUGGCAUUCCCUUUAUGUACAACAUUGCGUACGGCUUGAUUGCGGGUAUAGUCAGCUUCAUUCUGCUGCACAACAUUCCGCUCUUGCUCGGCGCUAUCCAUCCCAAGCUGCUGCCUCCUGGAUGGUCGGACCUGAAAGAACCAUACAGCGUGGCCAGCACGCUGAAGCCAUCGUCCAAGAUCGACGCUGAGCAACUGGUUGGCCUCAGCUCUCCUCGCGGCGGCAGCCUCAAGUCGGAAAAGGGUGAAGCGGACGUGGAAUUCGGAUCAGAAGCAGCAGCAGCAGCAGCAGCAGAUGCCGCGUUGGCUCAUCAAGUCUCUCGACUACAAAAGGAUUUGCAAUCUUGGCGAGCUUUCUUGCCUCCCUGGCUGCGCAAGCUUCUUCGCGGAGAGCGCAACUUCUGGGUCAUGUCCGAGGGAGAAAUCUCUUUGGCCCUGCAUGGCCGAAGAGUGACGGAGAUGAGGAAUCUCAACAGAGCUCAACAGGCCGCGAGGGAUAG